AUGGUGCCCAAAGUGCACACUGUUGUUUGCAGCAGAAAUAAUCCUGUGCAUAUUCCACAUGAGUGGUAUGAACCAGGUGACCUUAUCAUUGGCGGGAUAGCAUCUCAUAUCUUUUACAUGUACCCCAAGCUUUCCUUCAAUAUACACCCUUCUCGUGUCUUUAUUGAUCUCCCAGUGGUGAUGACAAAGUUGUACCAACACCUCCUUGCCUUGGUGUUUGCCAUUGAUGAGAUCAACGAGAAUCCCAAGAUCUUGCCCAAUGUCACGCUUGGGUUCCACAUCUAUGAUAGCUAUUAUGAUUCAAAGAUGACCUACCGAACCACUCUGGAUCUGCUCUUUAAAUCGUGUCACUUUCUCCCCAACUACAUAUGUAGCAUCCAGAAAAAUGUAGUAGGAGUCAUUGGGGGAUUUGGCUCUGAGACUUCUUUGUGCAUGGCAGACAUCUUAGGUCUUUACAAGAUUCCACAGAUUUCAUAUGGUUCAUUUGAAUCAGUCAUGAAUGAACAAACCAAGUUCCCUUCCUUUUAUCGCAUGGUCCCCAAUGAAGGACUUCAGUAUCAAGGAAUUAUCCAGUUACUUUUGUAUUUUGGAUGGAAAUGGGUUGGGCUCCUCACUCCAGAUAAUGAAGCUGGAGAACAUUUCUUGCGGGCAAUUGAGCCAAUGCUUUACAAGAAUCGGAUCUGUUCAGCAUUCACAGAAAAGAUUUGGUACCAUCUGCAUGUCACUGGUAACAUGUUUGAUACAGUAGAUGAUAUGGUCCACUCAUUCCUGCAGAGAAUCUCGUUCAACAACAGUGCUGGUGAUGAAAUCACAUUAAAUGAAUAUGGAGAGUUAGCAGCUGGCUUUGAUAUUACAAAUUUGGUCACUUUCCGAAAUGGAUCAUAUGUCAGGGUCAAAGUGGGGAGGCUGGAUCCUCAGGCCCCUCCUGGCAAAGAGCUCACCAUUAAUGCAGACAGAAUCAAAUGGCAUAGUGGCUUCACUCAGGAACCACCACUUUCAAUAUGUAAUGCCAAUUGCCGUCCUGGUUAUGGGAAGAAAAAGAAGGAGGGGGAGAAGUUUUGCUGUUAUGAUUGUGAUCCAUGUCCACAUGAGACGUUCUCAAAUGACAAGGAGAAUGAAAUAUGUGCCAGGUGCCCUGCAGGUCAGUAUCCAAAUGAAGGCCAGGAUCAAUGCAUUCCAAAGACAGCAAACUUCCUGGGCUUUGAUGAAACAUUGGCCAUCGUUUCAACUUUCUGUGCACUUUUAUUCUCUCUGAUCACAAUUCUUGUACUUGGCAUCUUCAUUAAGCACAGGGACACUGCCAUAGUCAAAGCAAACAAUAGAACCCUAACCUAUAUUCUUCUACUCUGCCUCCUCUUGUGUUUCCAAUGCACUUUGAUGUUCAUUGGAAAACCAAGGUGGGUGACCUGUCUUCUCCGACAAACAAGUUUUGGCAUCAUUUUCUCUGUAGCCCUCUCCAGCAUCUUGGCCAAAACCAUAUCGGUGGUUUUGGCAUUCAUGGCUACCAAGCCAGGGUCCAGGAUCAGGAGAUGGGUAGGCAAAAAACUGGCUUACACCAUUGUCCUCUCUGCCUCCAUUGUUCAAGUAGGAAUCUGUGUCUUAUGGCUGGCAACCUCUCCCCCAUUCCCAGAUUUAGAUAUGCACUCAAUGAGUGAAGAAAUUAUAAUAUUAUGUAACGAAGGGUCAGUCCUGAUGUUCUACUGUGUUUUGGGCUACAUGGGCUUCCUGGCCACUGUCAGCUUCACUGUGGCCUUCUUAGCCAGGAAGUUGCCUGACAGUUUCAAUGAAGCCAAGUUCAUCACCUUCAGCAUGCUGGUCUUCUGCAGUGUUUGGUUCUCCUUUAUUCCUACAUACUUGAGCACCAGAGGAAAAUACAUGGUGGCUGUGGAGAUUUUCUCGAUCUUGGCUUCCAGUGCUGGGCUGCUGGCUUGCCUCUUUUUCCCUAAAUGCUACAUUAUUGUGAUGAGGCCUGAGCUGAAUAACAGAGAACAGCUGAUACGGAGCAAAGCAUAA